AUGAAAUAUCAUUUGCAAAAUUGUAUUGCUUUAUUUUUGGGUUUAUUUUUCAACGCAACAUAUGGCUGGAAAACAACAUUGGAAAUAUUAAAGGACAAUGGCAUCACUGCAGAAGUACACUAUGUAACAACAGAUGAUGGGUACAUAUUGACAAAUCAUAGAAUAAAUGGAGGUGAAAAUUCAACACCAGUUGUUUUGGUCAGUGGAGUAUCUAUCACAGGAUCGUGCUGGUUAAUGCGAGGACGAAACGAUUCUCUUGCCUACUUACUUGCUGACCAAGGAUACGAUGUUUGGCUUAUAAAUAAUCGUGGAACCAAUUAUGGAUUGUCGCAUGUCAAUUUAACAUCAGAUGAUUCACAAUUUUGGAAAUUCAGUAUCCUCAGACAUAAUAUCCACUUGCAAGAAAAAAAUAAAUUACAAAUUUAUCAAACUAUCUGGAAUUUACUUUUUGCUUCAUAUGGAAAAGGAACUUCAAUGGAUAAUAUUUUACAUUACGCUCAAAAUCUUAUGUCUGCAGGAAAAUUUCGUGAAUACGAUUACGGUCAAAAAAAAAAUAUGGAAAUUUACAAUUCAACAUCACCACCAGAUUAUGAUCUAACAGCAAUCAAUGUACCAACAGUAUUUUAUGUUGCAAAAAAAGAUUGGAUAGCAGUUUAUUCUGAUGCUGAAAAAGCUUAUAAAAUGCUGGCUAAUGGAAAAGGUUUUAACGUUGUAAAUUAUGAAGCAUUUUCACACGCUGAUUUUGUGUAUGCCAAGGAUGUUAAAAAA